AGGGAUUUUGUUCUAUGUCUACAAUAAAAGUAAAGCCAUCGGAAACUUUUCUUAUUAUAAAACUACAAACUUCGAACUUGUGAUUGUUAGAUAGAUAAUACUUCACCUUCCUUAUUUAUGUAACAAACAAAAACAAAAAAAAGUACAAUAUUUUUCUAAAAUCUAACUUGUCUACACAAAGUACGUUUGUAUUUUGAUUUCUUCUGUCAUGUCAUCAAAGGUUGAAGCUUCGGUCUAAUAGUUCCUACCUAUUUUCUAUCAUACGAAAAAAAAAAAAAAAUAUAAUCAGAUUAUCAAAAGGAAAAAAAAUGUUUUAAUUAUUGAAGAAAAAAAGAAUGACAUUUUUAUUCUUAUUUGAUUCAUUUUUAAAAAAAGAUUCUUUUUUAAAAAGUCUUUAUAAAAAAGUACAACAAAACAUAUGUUUCCAUUAUUAGUCAUAAACAUUUAUUGAUUAUAGGAAAAUGAUGUAUUUGUAUUAGGCGUUUGUACAUGUGCUCUGUGUAUGAUGAAAUUUAAUGUCGUCUUAUCUUGUUUUAAAGUACAUGAUUCACUGAGCAGUAUAUAAGUUGUAGUUAACCAUUACUGAAACAUACACAUUUACAAAAUAAAAACAUAAGCAAUUAGUAACAACUGAAAUCGAAAUGCCUGUCAUAACAAAUACAAUAAAUAGCAUGUUGGCACGUAAACGUAAAAUAAAAUCUCAAAAGCGAACUCCUCGUCAAGCUCCGGCAAGUACAGGAAUUCAAUGUUAUCCACUUCGUAUUGGUCCUGGUGUUGAAUUAAUCUCAACAAUUCAUGAAUUAAUGGAAGAUAUUGGUGUUCAAUCAUUAUUUAUUUUAAGUUGUAUUGGAACAUUAUCAGAAUGUUCAUUAAAUUCACAUCAAUUAAAUAAAAAAAAAUAUGAUAUUGUAUCAUUAAGUGGAACAUUUGAUAAACAAUCUCAUUAUAUAAUGGGUUCAUUUGCUGAUCCUGAUACAGGUUCAUUAAUUGGUGGUCAAGUUCGUUCUCUUACUGUUUAUACAACAUGUGAAUUAAUGUUAGCUGAACCACUUGAUUGUACUUUUCAUCGAGAAUUUGAUCCAAGAACUGGACAAAAUGAAUUAAAUGUUAGACGAAAACUUCUUAUUGAUAGAUAG